AGGCGAUCAGUUGAGAUACUGGAUGAACUUGGGUGGGAUAAUCUUGAGACACGAAGGACAAGGCAAUUAACCACACUAAUGUAUAAAUUGAAAAAUCACAUUGCAUCAGAUCAUUUGGCUCAAAUUUUUAAUGGUACAAACUCUAUGUACUCCUUUAAUCGAAGGAACAUAAUUUAUUUGUACCAAGACUGUAUACUGAGGCUGAAAAAAAAAGCCUCCACUAUAGAAGGGCGGUCCUCUGGAAUAGUCUAUGAAUUAAUUGAAACUGUCCAGCCUGAGAUGAGUCAAUUUAUGAAUAAUAUGCAUCGGUUGAUAUGUAACUUUAGCCAAAACUCCUUUAAAAAGCAUAUUUCAAUUAAAAAAUAACCGGUCCGGCCCCAACACUAGUACGUUUUAAUUUAUAAGUUAAUACACUAUAGCAAAUUAUAAAUAUAAAAAGACUCUCACUAAGUACGUAGAAUGACAUAUUUUUUUAAAACCUAACUAAUUUUACCAUAAUCUAUAUAUAUUACUUGAUGUACCAAAAUAGAGGCAGUGGCCUUGGUAAUAUAUUAAGACACAAUGGUAAAACAAUACUCUGGUAAGUUACUUCUACUAUAUUAAAAUACUUACAUACUAUGAUAAGGAAUUGGUGUUCCCCAGCGACGAGGCGUAAUUAGAGGCUUCUGUAUUCGCAAGCUAGAUAAGGGCUACUGUCAUUCAGAAAUUCGCCUUAAAGGGCAACUCUCGCGUAGGACAACAUUUUUCGGAAAAACCUUGAAAAUGUUUUUCUAAUUGUAAUACCAUCAAGAAAUAUAUCUUCAGCGAUCUAUUUGGCUCAGAAAACGAAAUUCAAAGUGUCAAAUUUGCCGCUUACUUGAACUUCCGCCAUUGAUGCUUUGAUUUUGCCUAUCACGUGACGUGACGUCACAGGUGUGGAACAACAGAUGAUCUCGAAUAUGGCUGACUGUAGUUCUAAUGGCUGAAAGUAUUUACAGAUUGAUAAAAGCGUACCAGAAACAGGAACAAUUCUUAAAGAACAAACUCGAUUAGAAAAGUCUUUGACUAAGUUCUGUGGUAAGGAAUAUCUUGAAAAAGGAUUGAUCCUAUACGAACAAAUUCUACUCAGUACGGAAACUGACACUAAAUAUUUUCAGAGACUGCAGCCAAGGAACACCUGGAGCAAAAACUGUUCUUAAAAUCUAAAUCUUUUUUCUUGCCAACAUCUUCUCAAAUACGGUGCCACCUCAAAGGUUCAGGCAGUUGUUCCAUUCAAAUGUCUUCAAUUUGAUAUCGCGAGUUAGCAACUCUUGAAUCGCAGUAUACUCAGACAUCUUUACUUCCGUUAUGUGGAGUAAGGCUAACAUAGUGAAGCUCGUGCACAUGGCCCAGCACAAGCCGGUUGCCACCACUAACAUCAAACUCUGGGCAGAUCAUUACGUCAUGGCGAUGCGGAAGACUGCUGAUCACAUGGAUGCACGUUUGCAAGUAGUUUGCCGCGCCGUGUAGAAUCACGUGAUCACCCCAUAUACCAUCUGCCAUCAUACUUGUGAGGUAGGCAUCCCAAGAUGGAUAUCCAUCAACAAAAUGAAACAGUUCUGUCCCAUCCGGCUGUAAGAAAGAAACAACUACUGUAGUUAAUAGAGAAAAAGGUACAGUGCUUUUUUAGAAGGUAUUUUAUUUAGACAGCCGCGCUGUCUGUUCUCUCUAAGGCUGACCACGCUAGUAUCAGCACUAGUAUAGUGUACACUGUUUUAGGAGUAUCCCUAUUAAAGUAUUAA